AACCUCCAUAAAUUUGUAUAAAACGAAGAAUUUAGGGUUUCAGUUCAUCGUCGCCGUCAAUCGCCGUUGCUAUCAUUCUCUGCAACUUUGUGCAAUCGUCUUCCAAUCUAGCGAAAUGACAAAGAGGACAAAGAAGGCUGGGAUUGUUGGAAAGUAUGGUACCCGUUACGGUGCUAGUCUGCGAAAGCAGAUCAAGAAGAUGGAGGUCAGCCAGCACAGCAAGUUUUUCUGUGAAUUUUGUGGAAAGUACGCUGUGAAGAGGAAAGCUGUUGGCAUUUGGGGCUGCAAAGACUGUGGCAAAGUCAAAGCCGGCGGUGCAUACACGUUGAAUACUGCUAGUGCGGUCACAGUCAGGAGCACAAUUCGAAGGCUGAGGGAGCAAACCGAGAGUUAGUUAUAACUUAAAAGUGUUGAUGUUUUUUCUCAAUAUUGUUAGUUUCAUCAGUUUUGUUUAAUCUGUGUGCAAUUAUGAAUUAUCCAAGAACACCUGAAUGUUUUAUUUCGAAUCUUUUGAUAUCAACUUUUGCAGACAUGGAAUUAUUUGUCAACUAUAUUUAAUA